AGCCUGCCGGCAGCCUUGCGCUCACCUGCCAGCCUGAGCGCCAUGGGGCAGCCCGGGAACCGCACCGUCUUCUUGCUGGCGCCCAAUGGAAGCCACGCGCCGGACCAAGACGUUGCGCAGGAACUGGAUGAAGCGUGGGUGGUGGGCAUGGGCAUUUUCAUGUCGCUCAUCGUCCUGGCCAUCGUGUUUGGAAACGUGCUGGUCAUCACAGCCAUUGCCAAGUUCGAGCGUCUGCAGACGGUCACCAACUACUUCAUCACCUCCCUGGCCUGUGCUGACCUGGUCAUGGGCCUGGCGGUGGUGCCCUUUGGGGCCAGCCACAUCCUAAUGAAAAUGUGGACUUUUGGCAAUUUCUGGUGCGAGUUUUGGACUUCCAUUGACGUGCUGUGCGUCACAGCCAGCAUUGAGACCCUGUGCGUGAUUGCAGUGGAUCGCUACUUCGCCAUCACGUCACCCUUCAAGUACCAGAGCCUGCUGACCAAGAAUAAGGCCCGGGUGGUCAUUUUGAUGGUGUGGAUUGUAUCAGGCCUUACCUCCUUCUUACCCAUCCAGAUGCACUGGUAUCGGGCCACCCACGAAAAAGCCAUCAAUUGCUAUGCCAAAGAGACCUGCUGUGACUUCUUCACAAACCAAGCUUAUGCCAUCGCCUCCUCCAUCGUUUCCUUCUACCUGCCGCUGGUGGUCAUGGUCUUCGUCUACUCCAGGGUCUUCCAGGUGGCCAAAAGGCAACUCCAGAAGAUUGACAAAUUCGAGGGCCGCUUCCAUGCCCAAAACCUCAGCCAAGUGGAGCAGGAUGGGAGGAGUGGGCAUGGACAUCGGAGGUCCUCCAAGUUCUGCUUGAAGGAACACAAAGCCCUCAAGACUUUAGGCAUCAUCAUGGGCACGUUCACUCUGUGCUGGUUGCCCUUUUUCAUCGUCAACAUUGUGCACGUGAUCCAGGAUAACCUCAUCCCUAAGGAAGUUUACACCUUCCUAAACUGGGUGGGCUAUGCCAACUCUGCUUUCAAUCCCCUUAUCUACUGUCGGAGCCCAGAUUUCAGGAUUGCCUUCCAGGAGCUUUUGUGCUUACGCAGGUCUUCUCUGAAGGCCUAUGGGAAUGGCUACUCCAACAGCAAUGACAAAUCUGACUACGCAGGGGAGCAGAGUGGAUGCCACCCGGGACAGGAGAAAGACAGCAAACUGCUGUGUGAGGAUGCCCUGGGCAGGGAAGACUUUGUGAACCGUCAAGGUACUGUGCCUAAUGAUAGCAUUGAUUCACAAGGGAGGAAUUGUAGUACAAAUGACUCACUGCUCUAAUGCAGUUUUUCUACUUUUUAAAACCCCCUUCCCCAAAACAAGACACUAAAUAAUUUAACUUGAGUGUAAUAAAUUUAGAAUAAAAUUGUAUAGAGAUGUGCAGGAGGAAGAACAUCCUUCUGCCUUUCUUUUUUUAUUUUUGUAAGCUGUAAAAAAGAGAAAACGUAUUUGAGUGAUUGUUUCUUGUACAGUUCAGUUCCUCUUUGCAUGGAACUUGUCAGUUUUUGUCUGAAGGGCUUCAGUCCCAGAGGACCUGGGGCUGCUAUGUUUUGAUGACUUUUCUGCAUUAUCUACCUCAUUGGUCAAGUAUUAAGGAUAAUAUAUUGCUGCUGGUAAUUUGUAUCUGAAGGAGACCUUCCUUCCUGCACCCUUGGAACGGAGGAUCUGGAGGAUCUUGGACCUUACAGCUGUGAACCCAGUCUCUCCCCACUCCUCUUAUUUACUGAAACAGGGUGUUUGUUGUAGGCAGGGAUUUCAGGGGUAGCUUCGGUUGUUUUCCUGAGCAAAGUCUAAAGUUUACAGUAAAUAAAUUGUUUGACCAUGACUUCACUGCACCUGUCUCUCCAAAACCCCUUGACUGGAGUGUGCUUGCCUCCCCCGCUGGAAACCACAGGUAACUAUUUGUAAUAACUGCCCGGUGACUUAAUGUGGAAUGGCACAGGAAUGACAUGCCCUGAUUGCUUAACCCUUUCAUUUGCCUUGGAUUCUGUUGCCUGCAACCUGUAUCUCUCCUAAUGCUGGGGCUGCAGAUCAGUUCUGCCUGCUCCCAGCCUAGCUCGUCUCGCUGGUCCUACGGUGAUUAUUCUUUGUUGUUACAUCAGAAACACUGACUCAUAGAAGUGGAGCUAUGAGCAUCUGUUGGGCCCCUUCAUGCACCCCCACCACCCACCUUCUAGUUCUACCUGCUUAAUAGCUGCCCAUAUUUUGUGUCUGCUGUGUCUUAUAGUGGGGGUCUUUGUGUUGCAUCAGGGAUUGGCAUUUGAAGGAUAAGGCAGAAGUUAUUGGGGGGGAAAAACCAUGCUAACUUCACCCUGUAAUUUCAAGAGAAACUGAAAGGACAUAGGUCAGAGGGAGAAAGGCAAGAAGACACUUAACCAAUGAACACUCACAACCUAGAAACAGGAUUGUAACCCCUCCUCUUUCUUUAGUUCGUUCCCUUUUCCCCCCUCCCUUUUACUCUUCUCCCUUUAAUACAAACCAAGAUUUCUCAACCUCAGCACUAGUCUUUGCACCAGAUAAUUCUCUGUGGUGGGGACUGUCCUAUUCAUUGUUGCAUGUUCAGCACCCGAGAUGCCAGUAGAACCCCCUGAAUUGUGACAACCAAAAAUGUCUCCAAACAUAGCCAAACACAGCUCAAGGGGUGAAGAAGUCGCCCCUGGUUGAGAGCCACAGAUAUAAUUCAAAAAUCUAAACAGAUGUUUAGAUUCUGUCUGAUGUAGGCAAUUUCUUUUGCACAGCCCCAGAGAAGGAUUUUGCAUGGUUCACCAGUGAGUGACAGGCUCUUUUCACUCCACUCUGCUGCCUUCUGAACUCACCUUGCAGCUGCCCAGACACUGACUGGGGACUGAAUUGUUUGGGAGGGUUUAUCAAUGGAAGCCAGGCCCAGGAGCUGUUACUGCCUGUUUGUAGAGAGAUAAUGCUGUUAGGAGGCACAUGAGGGAAAAUCACAAAAGUAAACACAUUUCUUCUCUCACCCCCUUUCUAUUUUUGCCUGUGUGUCUGAGCCAGAGCUUGGCCCAGGUUUGACCGAGUGGAUCGUCCUCCUUGGCAACGCCAGCCUGGAGAUCAGCCUGCAGGGUUCAUUGCCAUUUCUCUGGCUUGGGAAGCUGACUCCACUUUUCUCUUCCCUUCCAUCCCAGCCACGGUCCCCAACCAGAAAAGCAUUGACCCCUUCUGCUUCCUGUCAGUCCAGUGAUGGGAGUCUGGGGCUUCCAUACCUACCAUCACAUUCUCCUUCUCCUGCUCUGGGCCCCACACCCCGAGAUGUAGACAGCUUCUCCAGCUAAUCCCCACCCUCCUCGUAGCCUCAUGGGAUCUUGGACUUAGAAGAGCCCAUAGAAAGCAUUCGACAUCUGAAGAGACCAAAACCUACAAGGGGGAAUGACCUGCCCAAGAGAGGAUGCCUAUUAACAGUGCGCAAACUUCCUCCUCUGCUCAGCACACUGGGCUGAUAUAAAAAGUGAAAGUUGUCUUCAGAUGAUCCAGACUGCUGCUGGGAGGAAGCCCAUUGCGUUUUUGCAAACCACAGGGCAGACCUAGACCCAAUGUAUGGACGCGGCUGGGAGACGGAUGAAGACCAGAACUUUCUAAAAAUUACAAUAGUCUGAAAGACGCCCUUCAUCACUGCCCGCGUGAACUUGCUAACAUGCAGAAGUCAGCUUUGCAGGAAAGCCUUCCGUGGCUCCUGUUGCCUCCAGGACAAAGGCCCAGCAGGUGAGUUCACAGGACACGCAGAGGAGCCUUUCCUUGGGAACCGGUGACGCUCCCCGCAGACACCAGCUCGCCCUGUGUCCCGUCACCGGACCUUCGGAGUGCAAGGGGAUGUGUGGGGAAUAAAUAGAGAAAGAAGGCUUGGCCCUGUGCUUAAGAAGCUUAUACACUUUUGGGGGGAAAAAGGUUAACAAGUACACAAAAAUAAUGUUUUUGAGUACCAAAAGUACUCUUAGAAAUCAUUGACCUCUCCCGACUGUCUCUCAUUUUAUGGUAGUGGAAACUGAUGUCACAGAACUGGCAAAUUAUAAAAAAACAAAACAAAAAACAUGUCUCAUAAGAGGUCUCCCCACUUCUCCUCUGCCUCCACGACGCUGCCGUCUGAGCAGCGUGUCACCUUGUCACUCCUCAUGUGAGCUUUCUGUGGCCCCGCUGACCUACAAUAAAAGCCAAAUUUCUUCCCAGACCUGGGGCACUCAUUGUGCUCAGAUCCAUGAACCUGGCCAUUCCUUCUGAUGGGAAUGUUACUCUGCCAGAUCUUCAGGCUUCUCUGCGUCAUUCAGUCUCAGGGCUCAUGGCCCCUCCUCAGGGUUGCAUGGCCCCACUCACUCCCUUCCCCUCGCCCUGAGUGGAUGUGUUCACAGCACAUGACACCAUCCAUGUCAUUUUGUUUGUUUGCUGAUUCUUCUUCAUUAUCUGGGUCAACUCACUCGAGGCUAAGGUGCAGGAGUGCUGAGAUGUGCCUCUGUCACUAGCAUCUACAACAUAGUUGGCUCAUAGUUGACACAAGAUAUUUGCUGAAUGACUAAACAAAGAAAUGAAUACAUAUUGGUGGAAAUUGGAAAACACAGACUAGUAUA